AUGUCAGGACCACUUCAAGAUAACAAGCACAACUCGUCCACACAACCCGUCCAUACCCCCCUUCAGGACCAGCCGGCUGCUGGGUACUCCCUCCAGUACCACGACUACCAGCCAGCGGCUGCCGACAGCGGUCUUCUCGCCGUGCCUCAUCCCGACGGCGAAGUGUCCCGCGGCAGGGUGCAGGCCAACAUGGCCCUCAUCGACCACCAGAUCCACGAGAACGUCGCAACAGAGCCUCGCCGUAUUGAUCACAGUGGCGCGGGAGGCACAUCUUCAUCUCACAAACCGGCUCGGGCCAAGAAAGGCCACAAAAAGGAAAGACGACAGCCGGAGAGCUUGCUGGGAGUGGGCAUGUGGCCAUCAGGACCCGAGGGAGGCAUGUCUGAACCUCCACAGGACAUGAUGGGCGGCCUCGACGUCCUCAGCCAAGAGUAUCAGCAGCAGCACUGGACUCCUGUGGCCCAGGUCGAUGAGGAGACUGCACGUCGGAUGAUGCAGGAAAACAUCGAAAGAGACAUCUUCGGGGUCGGGUCGCACUUUGAAUAA